CAUCAUUGCUCUCCAGGCUGCUGGGUGCUGGUGAUGGCCAGAUUCAUUCAGACUGAAGCAGGAAGGCAGCCGCUCUGUGCCGCUCCGCUUCUCAAUCCGGUUCCCGCUCCGGUUCCCGCUCCAGCACCGGUUCCGUGCAGCAGCCUGUUUGCGCCUGGCCCCUGGGCAGCACCGAGCCCACAUCCGCUCCUCCUCUUCCUCCACCUCCCCUACCAGCACCAGAGCGCUCCCGUCCCGCUUUCCGAACCCAUGAACGGCUCCGAGUCCAUCUCCAUCCACCCGGAGAACGGCACCAUGAAGGACCAAGACGCCAUUAAACUGUUCAUCGGGCAAAUCCCGCGCAACCUGGAGGAGAAAGACCUGAAGCCCCUGUUCGAACAGUUUGGCAAGAUCCACGAACUGACAGUGCUGAAGGACCGAUACACCGGCAUGCACAAAGGCUGUGCCUUCCUGACCUACUGCGCCCGCGAGUCGGCCAUUAAAGCCCAGAACGCCCUCCACGAGCAGAAGACGCUGCCUGGGAUGACUCGUCCCAUCCAGGUGAAGCCGGCCGACAGCGAGAGCCGCGGAGAAGACAGGAAGCUGUUUGUGGGGAUGCUGAACAAACAACAGACGGAGGAAGACGUGUACCGCCUGUUCGAGCCCUAUGGAGUCAUCGAGGAGUGCACAGUGCUAAGAGGUCCUGAUGGGAACAGUAAAGGAUGUGCCUUUGUUAAGUUCUCCACACAUAUUGAAGCUCAGUCUGCAAUCAGCGCUCUGCACGGCAGUCAGACCAUGCCGGGUGCCUCGUCUAGCCUGGUGGUCAAGUUUGCUGACACGGACAAGGAGCGCACCAUCCGGCGCAUGCAGCAGAUGGUGGGUCAGUUCGGCAUCUUUAACCCGGCCAUCGCACUGCCCUUCAGCACCUACAGCAGCUACGCACAUGCGUUGAUGCAGCAGCAAGCGGCCCUCAUGGCUGCUAGUCACAGCGGAUACCUGACGCCCAGUGUGGCCUUCCCGGCCACCCAGAUCCACCAGAUGGGCGCGCUGAACAUCAACAGCCUCCCUCCCACCCCUAUGACCCCGGUGUCGGGUGAGUUUCAUCAGCCUCUGGGCCUCAGCUCGCCACCCACUAACAUAACAUCUUCAGCCAUGCCCAGCAUCGUCACUCCGAUUGUCAACGGCUUUACUGGCAUCCCUCACCAGCCUAAUGGGCAUCCAGCGGUGGAGGCGGUGUAUGCCAACAGCCUGCCUCCUUACUCCACCCAGAGCCCCACUGCCGCCGACACACUGCAGCAGGCCUUCACCGGAGUGCAACAAUACACAGCGAUCUACCCGGCGACCACACUGACCCCUAUUGGCCAGAGCUUGCCACCUCCACCACAGGUCAUUCAGCAGCAGCAGCAGCAGAGAGAAGGACCAGAGGGCUGCAACCUAUUCAUCUACCAUCUACCACAGGAGUUUGGUGAUAAUGAACUCAUGCAGAUGUUCCUGCCCUUCGGAACGGUCAUUUCUUCCAAGGUUUUCAUGGACAGAGCCACCAACCAGAGCAAGUGCUUCGGAUUUGUGAGCUUUGACAACCCGGCGAGUGCGCAGGCCGCCAUCCAGGCCAUGAACGGCUUUCAGAUCGGCAUGAAGAGGUUGAAAGUGCAGUUAAAACGGCCAAAGGACGCCAGCCGCCCCUACUGACACUGCCCGACACACAGCGGGCUCUCUGUAACAGCACAGGUUUUAAAGUGGAAGUGAAAUUUCAAAAGGAAUUC